UCAAUCUCACCGAUUUUUCCGACGCGUUUUCUUCACUACUCGGCCAUAAUAGCUUGCACUUUUACAAACCCCACUCGUUUCCAUUGUAUUCAUAUAUGUUUCUUUAAUCACUUUUGUUCUCAUUUGAUCCACCACCUUAUUAUAUUCCGUUGAAAUAGUAUUACUACUGUAUAUUAUAUUUUAGCCAAAGCAGAAAUUCUUCAUUUUUUUUUGGUUUUUGCUGAUUUUUGUAAGCUGUUCGUUUGAAUUUGUGCUGUUAUGGUAAGAAAAUGGAUGUAAAACGGAGAUGGAUGAGCUGUUUCGAGCUUCGUUUAGCAACAACGUUUGUACUGUUCUGCGUUUUUCAUCAUAAUCUGGGUUUGUGUUGGUCGCCCAACAGCGAAGGAUUGGCGCUGUUGAGGUUUAAGGAAAGAGUGAUUGAAGAUCCGUUUGGUGCGCUUUCAAGCUGGAAGUAUAAUGGCGAUGGGGAUUUGAAUCCAUGUUGCUGGUUUGGGGUUGAAUGUUCGGAUGGGAAAGUUGUAACGUUAAAUUUGAGAGAUCUUCAGCUUGGAGGAACUUUGGCACCUGAGCUUUCAAAGCUCACAUAUAUUCAAGUCAUAAUUUUACGCAACAAUUCAUUUACUGGAAUCAUUCCAAAAGAUAUUGGAGAACUGAGGGCACUGGAAGUGUUGGAUUUGGGGCAUAAUAACUUCAGUGGCCAAUUUCCCAUAGAUCUUGGCAAUAACUUCUCCUUGUCAAUCCUUUUGUUGGAUAACAACAAAUAUAUUGGAAGCACAGUGCCCGAAAUUCAUGAACUUGGAAUCCUUUCUGAGUCUCAAGUGGAUGAAAACCUUCUAAGUGGUGCUGCUAAAAAGGCUAGUUUCUGGGAAGAUAGGAAACCCGGGGACCAAGGUUUUCGCAGGCUUUUGCAGGCUACAAGAAAUAAGAGAUCUACACGGGGUAGAAGGAAUUCGAGAUCACCCCCAACAUCUUCCUUCUCGUUAUCUCCAUCUCCAUCUCCAUCUCCAUCUCCAUCUCCAUCGCCACAGCCAUCCUUUUCUGCAGCUCCAUUUUCAUCCCCCGUUGCAGCACCGUUAUCAUCUAUAUCAGUUCCUCCCUCGAUCCCCAUGUCUGAAUCUCCCUCCAUCCCUUCACCCGCUCCUUCGUUUCCAAAAUCUCCAGCUCCAAAGCCUUCUGUAGAUUCAGAAGUUGUUUCCAGGCCACAGCACACCUCUCCUGUCUCACUUCCUCCCUCUCCUUCCCCGAGUGAAGCUCCAGAAGAUGCAAAAAAAUUCAGACAUUAUAUGGUUUAUGUAUUAGGUGGUAUAGCUGGGGCAAUUGUGCUAGUAGUCAUUGGAUCCCUUAUGUAUUUCUUUUGCCGAAAUAAUAAGGUUGUUACUGUUAAACCAUGGGCAACGGGGCUUAGUGGACAGCUGCAGAAAGCAUUUGUUACAGGUGUGCCAAAGCUCCAAAGAUCAGAACUUGAGACGGCCUGUGAAGAUUUCAGUAACAUAAUUGGCUCUCUCCCGAAUGGCACAGUUUACAAAGGCACCCUUUCGAGUGGCGUUGAAAUAGCAGUGACAGCAACUGCUGCAAAGUCGGGUGGAGAUUGGUCGGAGAAUUUGGAAACUCAGUUCAGAAACAAGAUCGACACCUUAUCGAAAAUAAACCACAAGAACUUUGUGAACCUUAUUGGAUAUUGCAAAGAGGAAGGUCCCUUCACAAGGAUGAUGGUGUUUGAGUACGCCCCGAAUGGGACACUCUUCGAACAUCUGCAUAUUAAGGAAUCAGAGCACUUGGAUUGGUCAAUGCGGUUGCGAAUAGCCAUGGGCAUUGCUUACUGCCUCGAGUAUAUGUACCAGCUUAACCCUCCCAUACUUCACAGAAACCUGCAAUCUUCUUCUGUUUACCUAACAGAAGACUAUGCAGCAAAGUUAUCAGAUUUCAACUUCUGGAAUGAAGCAAAGAAAGGGGAAUCAGAUCUUCCAUCACCUGAUGAAGAUGAAGAUGAAGACUGCAUUUUUAGCUUUGGGUUGAUACUAUUUGAGAUGAUUACUGGUAAGCUUCUUCCAUAUUCUGAUGGGAAUGGCUCCCUUGAAAACUGGGUAACAAUCUGCUUGAAGGAAGAGAAGCCCCACACAGAAAUGGUGGAUCCUACACUGAAAUCGUACGGGGAGAAAGAGCUCGAGAAACUGUUUGCUCUGAUGAAAGAUUGCAUCCUCUCAGACCCAACACAAAGACCAGGUGUGAAGGAGGUUGUUUCCAGGUUGAAGGAGAUCACAGCUAUGGGUCCCGAUGGUGCAAUGCCAAAAACUUCGCCUCUUUGGUGGGCUGAGCUCGAGAUUUUAUCCACAGAUUCAAUCUAAGACGGUUUAAAUUACAGCAAAACUCACCUUAACCAAUCUCCAGACGCAUGUUGUCAUUCUUAUUGUUAUUAUUACUGUUACUAUUAUUUUUAACCUUUUGAUUUCCCUCCCCUGCCAACUUGACUCCAUCAAGAUUCAAGAAUGGUGCUGAUUGAUUGAUUCUUUAACCUGUUAUGUAUAUAUAUAUGUAUCUGUAAUGGGUUCUUUACCAUCUGUAUCUCAGUGUGCUGUCUAUAUAGAAUUCUCUGCAAUGUAACCAAUGCCAUUAAUUUUUCUUCU